CCGGAGUCGGCGGGCCCGCGCCCAACGUCGUGGUGCUGGAGAGCUCUCCGGAAGGAGCGCCUCAAGCGCCGGAUGCGACGGCUCCCACCGGGCCGACUGCUUCGACCGCGCCGCCUCCAGCUUCGGAGCCGACGAGGAGGGAGCCGACCGGGAAGGAGCCGGCGAGGGAGGAGCCAGCGCGCUCGAAGGACGCCGACUCCCGGGCGCUGGUGAGGACGAAGGGCCCGCCGGGCCCAACUGAGGGCCUUCAUGUGGCCAAGGGGGCCCGGCUGCUGCAUGUGCCGUCUGCCUCUGACUCCAGCCUUGGCUCGGCUGGCACCAUGGAGGCUGCGUGGCACAAGGCGGAUACUUGCGAGGUGUUCAGCCGGGAGGGACAGCCUGGUGCGGCGCCCAUGAAGGUGGUCUUCUCCGGCUACCGGGCCAGCCUUAAGAACAAGGCCGCCGAGGCCCUUGCCCAGCUAGCAACGCUGGAGGAUGCUGACAAGGCGGUUACGGAGCGACGCACCGUCUUGUACAACAAGGUGGUGACUAGUUACCACAAGGCCAAGAUCGAGCGAGCCGGCUUGGCUCGCGAGCUGGAGGCUGUCAAGGGUGAGGCCUUCUCUCUUUUGACUUGCUUUUCCUGUGAGUUUCUUUUUUACUGACGGCCCAUUUUUGCCGGCUUGCAGCUGAGGCCGCCCGGGUCCCGCAGCUUGAGUCGGACCUCCGAGUUGCCCGCGCUCAAUGCGCCACAAGUGAGGAGGCGAACCAGGCUGCUGCCGCCAAGCUGAAGGUGGCUGACGGGGAGCUGAAACGGCUGCGCCUCCUUGAGGCUAACCAUCUCAAGGAACUUGCCGCCCUCAAGAAGGAGCAGGAGGA